UUUCCUAGCAGAGGGGCUGGAGGGGAGGAGCGGGCCGAGGAGAACGUGGGUUGAACGUCGCGCUCUGGCGUGGGAGCUCCAGUUGGAACGGGAGUUCUGAGCGACCCGGACGCGAGGAAAGGCCGGGCCGGCGGCAGGGUUCAUUGAGAAAUCCUUAGUGCUAUUGACAUGUUUCAAGGGACAUAAAUUAGCCAAUGACUCGGAAUGACGGAUUCCCCGAAGAGUGGAAAUGGUUUGCCAGUGAUUGGACCAGGGGCUGAUAUAGGGAAAUCUUCACUCCACAUGGUGGGGUACUUGGGAAAAAAUUAUGAUUCAGCUAAAGUUUUGUCAGAUGAGUAUUGCCCUGCUUGUAGGGCGAAGGGAAAGUUAAAAGCCUUAAAGACUUACCGAAUUAGUUUUCAAGAAUCUGUCUUUUUGUGUGAGGAUCUGCAGUGCAUCUAUCCUUUGGGCUCUACAUCACUUAAUAACUUAAUUUCUCCUGGUUUGGAAAAUUGUCACACUCCAAAUAAGCCUCAAAAAAGAAAGAUCUUGGAAGCCAACUGUGAAGAGUCACCUUUAGCAGUUUCCAAAAAGACUAAAAAUCUUCAAGAUAUUGACAGUGAACAGGUUUUAAACAGUAACCAUAAUGGAGGAGAAUAUGAUGGAACCUCACCAGGCUUACCUGGUUCACUGUACAAUGGACAGCAGAAUCCAGUUAGGACAGCUGAUUCCUGGGAGCAGAAUGAGGCUUUGGAAGCUGAUACUGUUGACGUGGCUCCUGAGGAAGACGCUACCAUGGUUGAUGUUUCUGGAACUGAAGGGACUCAUCCUCAAAAUGAAAGAUGUGCAUCUGAACUGGAAAAGCCACUGGAGAGCAAACAUACCUCAUUUUGCCAGACUUCAUGUGUCCAGUGGAAAAAUGCACAUGCUCUGUGUUGGUUAGACUGUAUCCUGGCAGCACUGGUGCACUUGGAAGGGCUGAAAAGCACUGUGACUGACCUGUGCUCUGAAGAGGAGUCCAUGUUCAGGCGGUUGUUUACCAGGUAUAAUCACGCCAAUGUGCUCCUGCACACCAGUCAGCUGGAUGGGGUUAAAGAUGGAGAUUGUAAAAAGCUUCCUUCAGAAAUAUUUGCAAAGAUAGAGACCUGUCUGAAUGAAGUCAGAGAUGAAAUUUUUAUUAGACUUCAACCUCAGCUUAGAUGUACAUUAGGUGAUAUGGAAAGCCCUGUGUUUGCAUUUCCCCUGCUCUUAAAAAUAGAACCCCACAUUGAACAGCUCUUCACAUACUCUUUUUCUUGGAAUUUUGAAUGUUCACACUGUGGGCACAAAUAUCAAAACAGAUGUAUGAAGAAUCUGGUCACCUUUACAAAUGUCAUCCCUGAGUGGCACCCACUUAAGGCUGCCCAUUUUGGUCCGUGUAACAAUUGCAACAAUAAGUCACAAAUAAGAAAAAUGGUAUUAGAAAAAGUCUCUCUCGUAUUCAUGUUGCACUUUGUGGAAGGCUUACCCCAUAAUGACUUGCAGCGCUAUUCAUUUCAUUCUGAAGGCUGUCUUUAUCAAGUAACCUCUGUAAUUCAGUACCAAGCAAAUAAUCAUUUUAUAACAUGGAUUUUAGAUGCUGAUGGAAGUUGGCUAGAAUGUGAUGACUUAAAAGGCCUGUGUUCUGAAAGGCAUGAGACAUUUCAGGUUCCUGCUUCGGAGAUACAUAUUGUUAUUUGGGAAAGAAAAAUAUCCCAGAUGACAGAUAAAGCAUCUGCCUGCCAUCCACUUAAAAAGACUAGUGACCAGUACACUUUCGGCGACGAGAAGCAAGCAUCUCCAGCAGCAUGUUCUGCAGGCGAAGCUGCCUCAGCUGAACCAUCCUCAGGAAUGCAUCCCAUAGAUGUGUCCAUGGUUCCUAAUACCCUCUCACAGGAUGAAGCUGUAGCUCCUGGACAUGAUUCCCUUCCAGAUCUGAAAGGUUCAGUUGACAGCAGUAUCUUACCUUUGACACUUGAAGAAGUACAGUCCAACUCUGAAGGUUUUUUAUUAGAACACAAACCUGUGGCAGAAAAUACAGGGGUUGUUGAAGCAAACACUUUGCAGUCAGAGGAGCCACUCACAGCUUUUUUAGUGGCCCCAUCCGAGGACAAGCUUACCCACAACCAGUCUAUGGAUUUAAACUUUUCAUCCCAACUGUUAACUAUGCCAUCAGUACAGGUGACUACAGAAGAUACUGUAGUUACUCAGCCUGCUGCUGACCUUACACAGCAAGUAAAGUCAGUAGACACUGAGGGUACAGUUGCCCUAGAGAGGAAUGCUUCAUUGAAACAGUUUCUUGCACCAGAAACUGAGAAGUUACAUCCAGAACAGCAUGUUACAUCUCAGGUAUCUGAUUGGAAGGAAAAAGAAACCACAGCAUUUUCUCAAACUGUAAUAGCUAAGCCGUUACAGAAUCCACCUCUGAAAGAGAAUCAUAAGAAACCAUUUGUGGGAAGUUGGGUUAAAGGCUUAUUAAGCAAGGGUGUUUCUUUUAUGCCAUCAUGUGUUUCAACUCAUAACAGAAACACUGUGACUGAUUUGCAGCCUUCAGUUAAGGGGGCAAGUAAUUUUGGUGGCUUUAAAACUAAAGGUUCGAAACAAAAGGCCAGCCAGGCCUCCAGGAAAGCUCACAGGAGGGCAGCUAAGCCGCCUCUGGUGAGGAACUCUCCUCCAAGCCAUCAGUCACCAGCCAGCACAGCUUCCCCUCCCCGUGCUGAUGGCACUGGUGAUUUGCAAGUUUUGAAGAGAUGUGAAAGCGCCUCCUGUGGAGCUCACCUCAACCACAAUUCUCAUGGAAAUGAAAAUGGUGUUUCUUCACCAAACCAUGGAGACACAGUUGAGGGUCAGAUUCAUAAACUCCGUCUAAAACUUCUUAAAAAACUUAAGGCAAAAAAGAAGAAAUUAGCCGCUCUGAUGUCUUCCCCCCAAAAUGGAACACUUCCAAGUGAACCUUCAGAACAGGUAUCCCAUUGUGGGUCUCCAAAUGACGGUGAGUCAAUAGAAGGCUUGCUGCAAGAACUGCAGCGUCAAAUUGACAUUGCCGAUAAUAAAUCAGGGUGUGCCACAGCUCCCGGUGUUUCCCCAUAUGGUGGUCAGACGCAUGAAGAAAUUCUAGCAGAAUUACUGUCCCCGACCAGUGUGGUUUCAACAGAGCUUUCAGAAAACGGGGAGGCUGACUUCAGAUAUUUAGAAAUGGGAGAUAGUCACAUCCUGGCACCAGUUCCCAAUGGAUUAAACAGUAUUCCCCACAACACACAUCUGAGGCAGGAGCAUAAUUACUGUAGCCCCACCAAGAAAAACCAGAGUGAACUUCAGCCAGAUUCACUCACAAAUAAUGCCUCUAUUAGAACAUUGAACUCGGAAAGUCCCAUGAAGACUGAUAUUUUUGAUGAGUUUUUUUCUGCUUCAGCGUUUAAUUCUUUAGCAAAUGAUGCAUUAGACUUACCUCAUUUUGAUGAAUAUUUGUUUGAGAAUUGUUGAGUGCUUUUGGCUCUUUUUAGUUUAAUAUUUAUUACCACUUUUGGAAAAAUGUACUGUAUUUCUAGGUAAUGUUUGACACACUGGCCUUGUCACGAACAAAAUGUAAGCUACUGAAGGUUUUACCUCUCCAGUAUUCUUACCUGGAGAAUCCCAUGGACAGAGGAGCCUGGCGGGCUACAGUCAUGGGGUUGCAGAGAGUCGGACAUGACCGAAGCGACUUAGCAGUAGUAGUGGCAUGCCCAUGAAACCUGUGAUCUGUUUUAUAAGUUUAAAAGAUGCUGAAUGUGUUCUCCUUUUUGGCUUCCUUUUGUGGUUUUAGGUGAAUGAGGAUUUGAAAAUGUUAAAAAUGAUAAGUAGUGUAUAGUUUCUAGCAAUUUGUACAGUUGGGUACACUAAAUUUCUACAUUUCAAAUUUUAGUUUUGUUGGUUCAGGAAAAACACUAGUUGAUACAAACUUAAGUGACUGUAUAUGGUAUGUGAACAUGUGACUGUUUUUGCUAGUGGUGCUGUGGUCUUAGAUAAGAGCCUAAGCAUGUUUCUAGUACCAGUAGAGUGGCAUAGAAUGUAAACUGCCCCCCCCCCCCCAUACAAUUUGUUGCCUCUUUCUGUCCUUAGAAAAGAUGGCAGGAAACUCCUAACUAGAAUGUUGCAUAAUGUUGUGAUCAAAAAAUGAUCUAUAAAAGGAAAAAGUAAUGUAUGUUUGUGUUGAUGUGCUAAGAGAUUAUAAAUAUCAUCUUUCUCCCCUAAGACACUUAUUUCUGUAGCCAAAGUGGAACACACCAUCUAAUAGUUAUGUUUUGGCAGAAAUAGCCAGUACAUAUAAGGCUUGCAUAUGUUGGGUUCUAUUGUAAAUGAAAUGUUAAUUCAUUUAAACCUCAACGUUCCUAUGAGCAGAGUACUCUUAACCACCUUUAACAGUUAAGGAAACGCCAUUGAGCUAGUAAGUUGUAGAGCUGGGAAUGAGUAGAGUGGUCACUACAGCAGUAAAAGGUGCAGAACUUACAUGUUCCACCUGUAGCUUCAUUUAAACUUCGGGUGCCCAAACAACACCUCCUGCUGUGUUGAUUUGAAUUAGUAGCAGAGUUACUAAGGUUUAAGGGUGGCCAUCUUGGGGAAAGAAUACUUUGCUAGGGACUUAGAACUUCAGAAUUGAUUCGUCAAAUUUACUUCCAAACCUCCCUCCCUUCCCUUUUUUCUGAUUGCAAAAGUGACACGUGUUUAUUAUAAGGAGAAACUGGGAACACACAAGAAAACACCAAGAUUUCAGAGUAUUCAUCUUAACAUUUAGUGAUAAUAACUACUGCAGACAUUUUCAUGUUUUUAUGCAUUUAUGCACCAUAAAUGCAUUUCUUAGACUUUUAAGAAAUAAAAGCUUUUGUUGUGUCUGUUUGUUAAU